AUGAUGAAACCUAGAUUGUGGAUGUUGUUGCUUUUGUUGUUGCUGCUGGUGACGAUGAUGAUGUUUUUGUUGGCGUUGUUGCUGAUGGGGAAAGAGUUGUUGUUUCUUCAUGCAGCACAUGUGCGACCACCUAGCGUCAUUGAUUGCAAUGAAUCAUUCCUUAUUAACUGCAUUGUUAGGCGAGCGAGCCACAUCCACACACACAAUCACCUCAACACAAUCAGGAAGAAAUACAAUAACGCUGAACACAAGAAGACAUUCAACAAUACCAACAGCAUCAAUAAAACAAAGAUGACAACCAAAAAUAUUAAUGGACCUAACAACAACAACAAUGCCAACAACAUUAAAAUAAAUAUGGAAAACUUUGGCAGAUCAGGUAGCUUUGUUAACGAUAGCAACGGGGAUGUUAAUGCAAUUGAUAAUCUCUAUGAUGAUUAUAAUGAAAGUAAUAAUCUAUUGGAAAGAGCGAAUUUUCAUUUAAAAAACAUGAAAAAUAAUGCUGAUAAAUAUGCUUUCAUGUCAAAUUUGAUGAACCCAUUUUUCCCAAUAAACUUUAAAACGCAAAAAAUUGAAGAUGAUUUUGUUAAGAAAAAUGUUAACAACAUGAGGCUCAGCAGUAAAAUGGACAACUUUUUUAAUAUCACAAAACACAAAAGGAAACCUCUUAAGAGCGUCCAAGGCACCAACAAUGCUGAAAACAUUAACAACAUCAACAACAAUAACAUUGCUGAAAACAUUAACUACAACAUAAACAGCAUCAACAGUUAUUCGAACGUAAACAUCAUAAACAGCACGAAUUACGUGAACAAUAAAAACAGCGCAAACACAAUAAAAAACCACAACAAGUUGAAUUCAAGCGAAGAAGACAUCAUCAUCAUCAUCGGCGGCAGAAACAAGAACGACAUCGUCGGGACCAGUGCAAGCAGAGGAAGAAGCAGAAGAAACAAAAAUAUAUUCGAGAUGUACAAUAAAAAAGAAAGUAAACAUGAUGGAAAUAAAAUCGGUUCUUACAAUAAUAAAAACCACCAAAUCCGAGUAAAUGUUGCUAAUCGAAGAGUAAACGAAGAGAAGAACUUUGUAAACUUAUAUUAUAAGCAACUAACAAAUAUAAACAACAACCUCGACAACAACAACAACAUCGGCAACAUCAACAAAGACACCAACAACAAAAACUUUGCCAUCAAGAUGAACAAGAAAAACGAAAACAUUUCAAGAAACCCAAACCAACUCACUGACGUCAGAAAAAUAAACCACGCAAUAAAUUUAGGCGACAAAGAAAGUAAUGGAAGCCAGUCUCAGAGCCACAAUGCGAUGAACUUUCAGAUCGGCAGCAUUGAAAGAAAAUUUCUCUUAAACUUCGUUAACGAUGACAAUAUUAAGAAAUGUUGCAGAAACAAUUAUCAGCAGGGCGACAAUGAUCACGCACAUUCAUACACCAACAACAGGGAGCGUAAAUGUCAAAAAAUCAGUUGUUACUUUUUUAAUAGUAAUUUCAUAAAUACUCUUAUUAGUAAUGGCAGCAGUAAUAUAAGUACUAAUGUUAACAAUGGUAAGAGUUAUAGUGGUUACGAUUCUAACAACAGAAGAGGCGGUCGGGUUAGUAGAAAAAUUAGCAGCCGUAGUAGUAGAAGUGUUAGUAGUAAUAGUAGCAUAAGUAAUAGUAGUAGUAGUAGUAGUAGUAGUAGUAGUAGUAGUAGCAGUAGUAGUAGUAGUAGUAGUAUUGCCAGUAAAAUCAUAUGUCGUCAAGCUGAAUGCAUUAGUGAAAAGCAAAGCAAGUACUUUUGUGCUCUAAAGAAGAACUUAAUUGUCGAAAUAACCUGUAUCAUCGACAACAACAACACACAAAACAAUCAUGAUUGUCAUGUGGCUGAGAGUAAAUAUAUUGUUAUCGACGGUGAAGACAGUAAUUCCAGCGUAACCAAAGUUAACUAUGAUAAUGACCGUGGUGAUGAAGAUGAGGAUGAUAGUAAUAAUAAUAAUAAUAAUAAUAAUAAUAAUAACAGUAAUAAUAACAGCGACAGUAAAAAAAAUAUAAAUGACAACUCCGGUGAAAAAUAUAAUCUUAAUUUUGAGGUUUUAAAAGCAAUUUAUAAUUAUCUGCACGCGAAUCGAUCAAACGAUUCAGACCGAGCGUAUGCAUUCAAAAAAAAUGGUGAAAAUAAUAACAACAUCACUAACAAUACAAAUACUAACAGCAAUGAUAGUAUCAAUGAUAAUAAUGACACAAAAAACAGCCCAAAAGUGGCCAACAGAUUUAAAAUAAUUAAAAAUAGACAUAGAAAUGUAACGAAUAUGAAUGAUUAUAAAAACACUAGCUACUUUUUGAUAACCGAUGAGACAAAAAAUUAUUUCGGACCUAAUAAAACUUUUUUGGAGAGGCGAAAUCUUUCGAACAAUAGCAAGAACAAUUAUUUGGAGUGCGUUUACAAUAGGAACAUCAAAGACAGAGACAUCAUUAAGUAUACAAAUGAGAUUGAAUACGUUUACGAAAAUUUAAACAAAAGUCCGGUCAACGUUGACAACAACAUGAAGAGAAGCUUAAGCACCCAGGAUAACAACAACGACAUCAAAAACAGCAGUAGCAACAACACCAACAACAACCACAAGGACAACAGCAUCAUUAAUGACACGAAAAACAUCAACAACUUCGAUGAAUACCAAUCUGACGAACCGGCGUGUGUUUGUUAUAACGGGGGCACGUGUUUUGCUGAGAAUAUCAAUAGCGUUGUGAGCAACAUCAACACAGUUGACAACAACAUAAACAACAACAUAAACACUAAUACGCAUUACAACAACUUCAACCAGCACGACAACAUUAAACCCAAAACUAAUAACCAAAUUCACCAUCAAAUUUCUAAAACGCACAAAGUUAUUCAGCAAAACAACGCCAAUAACAACAUCAACAACGAUGACGACGACGACAACAACAACCUCGACUACAAGCCUGACAGCCACAAACCUCAAAAAUAUCGAUGCAUUUGCAUACACGGGUUUACUGGCCAUCAAUGUGAAAGGCCCGUGAUGAGGAGGAGGCGCUUAGAUAGACCAUCUUGUUUGCAUCGACCGUGUUAUAAUAACGGCUUGUGUGUGCCAAUGGAAACAAAUUCCACAUCAACCACAACAACAUCAACAACAACAUCAGCAGCAGCAGGAACUCUGCUAACGACAAACAUUUCAGCAAAACAGGCAUCGAAAACAUCAAAUAGUGGGAAAUCUCAAAUGAAAGCUCACUGGUUGAAUGCAAAAAGCGAAAAAUGGUUCAAGGAUGAUGAUGGGGUUAACAAAACUAAUACAACUAAAAACAUUGAUGCCAACGUUUAUCAGAAUAAAAUCAUCAACAAAACAUACAACUACAUCUAUAACAACAUCAAAAGUAUCAACAACAACAAAAACAUUAAAAAGAAUAUGUACAAUGAAAAAGUAGAUUAUACAAGCAGUCGAAACAAUGCUUUAAUUAACAGUGGAAACGAGCUGCAUAGAAGUAGCGACGACAUCUUUCCUAAUCAUCAUCAUCCGCAGCGCCAUCAUUACUACCAUCAAUCACAACAACUGCAACAACCGCAAUUCGUAUGUAAAUGCUCUGAAAGUUAUCAGGGAGUGUUUUGCGAAGAGGAGUUGCCCUGCAAUGGUAAGGACAAGAAAUGCUACAACGACGGCGAAUGUGUCGUGCUGGAUGACAACAUCUUCAGAUGCAACUGCUCAGAAGGCUAUUCCGGUGCAAAAUGUGAAGAUUUCAACCCAUGCCUACUGCCAGAUACAUGCAACCAGAAGGGAGUCUGUCAGCCAGCUCUGUUUUGCUCCGGUCCGUUAUUCAAGCUAACAUACAAGCAGGACAAUUACAUUGAUGUAGAAAACCAAUUGUAA